AUGCGUUUAUAUACAUUAUACAAACGACAAUUUUUCGUUGUAUUUGUUUUAUUUUUUAUUUGUUUAUUUAUAAUUAUUUUAAUUACUACUGUUGGUCCAUCAGUUAUUCAAUUGAUUGAUUAUAAAUCUAAAAAUCUAACUGAACAAUUAUUUGAUCCGUAUGAAUUACAAUCGGAAUAUGUUCAUCAACGUCUUUGGUUAUCAAUGAAAACAAUGACUGAUAUCAAUAAUGAUUUUCAUCAGUUAAUUAAUGUGAAUAUUUCUGUGAACAAUUCAUCAUCAAAUGCUCGAGUUUAUAUUCAUCAACGAAUUAUUCAUUGUCAAAAACAGGUUAGCAUAAAACAGAAAAUUAGUUGUAAUAGUAAUAAUAGUCGAAGAUGA